UUGUCAAGUCAUACUUUAAAAGCGCUGCGUAUAUAACGGAGGCGCCUCCGCGGGUCUCUUCUUUCUACUCCGUUCCUUCUCGCCCAUUUUCGCGAGCACAGAAUUCUUCUACGCCAUCGGCGAUUUAGAUUAAUGUAGUAAAAACAAAUUCCAAUUUAACUUCAGGUGCCUCUUCCCCUUCUCUUCGGUUCUUCCGGUUUGGUAAGGAUCCGUUCUUCCUUUAUUUUCCCUGCUCUUAUGUUUUCUAUCCUUUUGUGCACUGAAACCCUAAUUUUUGCACGAAUCUUGAUCUCCUAGCUGUUGCUUCCAAAUUUGAUAUUUUUUCCUUUGCAAAAUGUUUCGGCUUUGAUUUCCAGAUUUUCUUUCUGGGUUUUCUGUACAGAAAUUUGGGCAUUCGUCUUGUAGUGUUUUUUGAUCAUCUAUGUUGUAAUUAGAUGGUCAUAAACAAUACAAACAUGUCUAAUUUCUUGUGAUUCCUGUAUAGCUUCUAAUUUGAACUCCCUUAAAAUCCAAAUCAAUUAUCGAAAUAUCAGUGUAGAAAAAACGAAGGGAAAAAAAAAAUGUCGUCUGCUGGUGUUGCUCUCAGUCCAAUUCAUACGGGUUCCACACUUCCUUCUGAUUAUGUGAAUGCCCAACCACUCCCCUGCUCUGAUGAGUACAUCUUGAUAUUUCUCUCUGUUGGGGGCUCUAUGAGCCCAAUGCGUGUUUUAGAGUCUGAUUCCAUUGAAUAUGUGAAGCUACGGAUUCAGUCAUGUAAAGGGUUUGUUGUAAAGAACCAAAAGCUGGUCUGUGGAGGCCGAGAGCUAUCAAGGAGCAAUUCUCUUAUCCGUGACUAUGGUGUCACUGAUGGGAAUGUUCUGCAUUUGGUUCUUAGGCUUUCUGAUCUCCAGGUUAUAAAGGUUAAGACUGCUAGCGAUAAAGAAUAUACCUUUUCUGUGGAGCGAGGGAGAGAUGUUGGGUAUGUGAAACAACAGGUUGCUAAGAAGGAGAGGGAGUUUGAUGACCUUGAUGAGCAAGAGGUCGUUUGUGAUGGUGAGCCGCUUGAGGAUCAUUGGCUUAUUGAUGAUAUCUGUAAAUAUAAAAAUGAUGUCGAGGUUCAUUUUUUGGUGAGGAAAUCUGCAAAGGUUCGGCCAAGGCAUGUGAAUAAGAAUUUAGAAUUGUCUAUUGUGGCACCACAGUUGAAUGAAGAAGAGAAUGCUAGUAGGCAAUAUGAUGUUUGUGAAGGGAAUGGUGGGAGAAGUUAUGAAGUUGAUAGACAGAUUGUUCUGAGAAAGCCUCCUGAUAGAGAUUUUCUACUGGAACCAAUUAUUGUUAAUCCCAAAAUUGAAUUGUCCUCUGUGAUUUGGAAUAUUGUAAAUGCUACCUUUGACGGAUUGGAGGGUGGAAAUUGUCCAAUCAGAUCUAUGGAGGGUACUGGGGGGGCUUAUUUCAUGCAAGAUUCUUCUGGGCAGAAGUUUGUUUCUGUUUUCAAGCCAAUUGAUGAGGAACCUAUGGCUGUGAACAACCCUCGAGGGCUACCACUGUCUUCUGAUGGUGAAGGUUUGAAGAAAGGCACAAGAGUUGGGGAAGGAGCUAUGAAGGAGGUUGCAGCUUACAUUUUGGAUCAUCCAAAGAGUGGACGUCGAUCUUUGUCUGGCGAUGAGAAGGGCUUUUCUGGGGUUCCACCUACAGUUAUGAUUAAGUGCUUUCAUAAAGGGUUUAACCAUCUAGAGGAUAUAAAUGUCAAGAUUGGCUCCUUGCAGAUGUUCAUGGAGAACAAUGGAAGUUGUGAAGAUAUGGGUCCCGGAUCUUUUCCAGUUAAGGAAGUUCAUAAAAUCUGUGUGUUGGAUAUAAGAAUGGCAAAUGCAGAUAGGCAUGCUGGGAAUAUAUUAUUGAGCAAAGAUGCAGAAGGUGGACAGACUAUGCUGAUUCCAAUAGACCAUGGAUAUUGCCUACCUGAAAGUUUUGAGGAUUGCACAUUUGAUUGGCUUUAUUGGCCUCAAGCUCGUCAACCUUUUGACUCUAGCACUGUUGAAUAUGUAAAAUCAUUGGAUGCUGAAGAGGAUAUUGCUCUUCUGAAGUUCCAUGGAUGGGACAUGCCUGUUGAAUGUGCACGCACACUUCGCAUCUCCACCAUGCUUCUGAAGAAGGGAGUGGAGAGGGGCCUCACCCCCUUUGCUAUUGGAAGGAUAAUGUGCAGAGAGACCUUGAAGAAGGCAUCUGUUAUUGAGGAGAUUGUCAAAGAAGCACAGGAUUCUGUUCUUCCAGGCACAAGCGAAGUUUCAUUCCUGGAAACUGUAUCGCACAUCAUGGAUCGUCACGUUGAUAAGAUUGCCGCAUCUCUGCCUUGAUGGAGUGCUAAAUUUGUGGAUAACAUGGGUGUACAUGUGUAUAUGCACAUAAGUCAUCGUACUUUUGCAUUUGUGGCGGGGAUGCUGAAUUGCCCAUAUAACUUUUAGUGUCCGAUUCCCUAUUCUUUCAUAUGACUUGGUAGUUUUUUUUUUUUUUUUCUCAUUGAACUGAAGAUGAGAACCUGGUUCUUUUAUCAUGAAUGACCUAAAAAGUUGCUUUUGCAUUCUUAA